CUCGGUUCUUUUACGUCGUCAGGUUGCUUUAUGUCAUGCGUGGCAUAUUACAUAGCCUACAUGCUAAUCUUUAAUAUAGAUUCAAAAGAUCCGACUCGAGGGAACGAUUCUUUGAAGUAGUUAUAGCGCAGCAGAAACUGUAGCUGAACAACGUCUUUCUCCGUCACAAACACACACUCACAGUCAUACAUUUGCUGUAUAAAGUUGUAUAAAUCAGCAUCAACAAGUUGCCCGUGUGUGGUUAUGAUGGGCAUAAAGUCCUUUUCGCCGCUGUCAUAAGCAACAGGGAACGUUACGUUACGCUUUGAUAAUAGCUGCGUCGUAGUUUCAUGACAGCGGCCGUUUGAAAAGCAGCUGAACACAAGCAAAUAAAAUAAGAAAUCAACGGCUCUCUUUUCUCUGUUUCACUUCUCGACAUUUGCAUGUGUACGACUUGUUUUUCUUCAGAGGUGACGCAAAUGCUGUGCGCCGUCCUGGGUCAGUCCAGGAGUAGACGAGAAUAUUUGGUCAGGUAUUUGUCAUCCACAUGGGAAUGGGGGACAUGAAGACACCAGAUUUUGAUGACCUGCUGGCAGCGUUUGACAUUCCAGACAUUGAUGCCAAAGAAGCAAUUCAGUCUGAGCCUGAUGGUAAUCAUAAUGAGCGCAGUGGUGUUGUUGGAAAGGAGAGAAGUGGAAGUCCAUGCCUAAGACCUCCAGAAAGCCCUGAGCCUGUUCCUUUAGCUCCUCAUAAUGACCCCUCCAUGGUCAGUGUGAUUGUAAAAAACAGUGUACAUUCUGAUGACAAAACUGAAGGGAAUGUAACUGAAGGGGACAUUUCUGGUGCUGAUGCCUCACAUGAGUCUCCCCAGAAAGGUCCCAGUGAAGACGGCCUGGUGCCUCCAGAUGCGUUCAUCUAUAAUGGACUCAAAACCGUCUCAGAUGUGCCUACAGAACCCUCUCCACCACCAGCUCUAACCCGGAUGCAGCCCAAUGGGCCACUUUGGUCUCUCUCUGCUCCUAGUGAUGACAAGCAGGAUGGCACUUCUUCUAAGCACCCUUCUAGCACUUUCUCCCCGACUCGGUCUUUACAUCUGACUGAUCCUCCCAUCUUAUCUUCACAUUUAAUUAGUUCAGACUUUCCUCCAAGAGUUGAUUGUGAGGAAGCACCACCAUUAAAUGGCACUUUGAGGGCAGGAGUCCGCCGACGCUUAUCUGAAGAUGAAGAAUCUGAACCAGACCUCGGUAGCCCUGCGCUUGUCAUACAAGAAAGCCCGGAUUCCCAGCGGUGCUCCGCUCCCAAGGUACCACGCAUGCAGCGGUCUCCUUCGAGUGUGUUUCAGCCUCCCUCUCCCUCAUCCCCUUCCUUACCAGUUAGUAACACUCAAAUCGAAGAGCCAUCUGUCCAGAAUCCAACACUUCUACAAAGUGGUGUCAACCCAACCUCUUUGACCUCCACAAACGAUCUGCCAAUUGAAGAAAAAGACGUGGAGCACAUAAUCGAGGAGAGAGAUUCUCCUGAAAGCCCUGAGCCAGAAAUCCCUCAACAUCUGCCAUCAAAUCAACAAGAAGCCAAUGAGCCAGAACAGAAGGUCAGAAAAGAAGAAGCCCCUCAAGAUCAAGUUAUUGACAUGAACUUAUGUGUGCAGGAGAAUAGUGGUCUUCAACUACAAACAGAGGAUGGUGGAGGUGAGGAGACACAAGGGAAAUCCACCAAGACUGGUUUGGUAGAUUCCCCCACUGAUGUCACAAGCUCCGGAAAGACCUCCUCCAAGCCUCUCAAAGUCAGAAUCAAGACUGUCAAAACGUCUGCUGGAAACAUCACAUGUACUGUAUCUAAAGUGGCACCCAAAGGAGGGAUCUCCAAGGGCCCUGGUGGCUCUAAAGCUCAAGCAGGGGCCCAUAGGAUUCAGAGGUCUGGUAAUGCUCCUCAAGGGCGAGCUCAGGGUUCAAAGGUGACGAUGUUGCCAGUGUCCACCCUUCAGGAUGCCAGCACAGCUAUGUUAUUUGCAGCCAGCAAGGCACAGAAUCAAAUGGCCGCCAGUCUUUCCACCACUGCAGUCAAGAUCACCAGAGCAUCAACCCUCCCCUCCGUCACCUCUUCACCCAUGCCUGGGGUUCGCAGUUUGGGGCAGAAAACGAUGAAUGGGAAUCCUGGGACUGCCAAACCAGCCUCCAUUGUGAACAGCCCGGGAGCUGUGAUCUCACGCAGCCAGUCUAGCCUCGUUGAGGCCUUCAAUAAAAUCCUAAACAGUAAGAAUCCACUGCCAAGUUAUCAGCCAGACCUCUCCAUCUUGCCUCCCCCAGAAUGGGGUCUUCGAGUGCCCUCAACAGGAUACCGUUGCCUUGAAUGCGGGGAUGCGUUCGCUCUAGAGCGUAGCCUGGCGAGGCACUACGAUCGGCGCUCCAUGAGGAUCGAGGUGACCUGCAACCACUGCUCCAAACGCCUGGCUUUCUUUAAUAAGUGCAGCCUGCUGCUCCACGCACGAGAGCACAAGGAAAAGGGGCUGGUUAUGCAGUGCUCACACCUCGUUAUGAGUCCUGUCAGUGUGGAGCAGAUGAUUGGCCAGCAGGAUACCGUGCCUAUAGGUGUGCUUUCUCCAGCUGCCUCCGCUCUGUCUGCCAUUAAAGAAAGUGGUGUCCAUCUGUCACAAUCUUCUGAUAACAGCUGUCCAGAGUGUUGGAGUCAAUUCAAAGGGAAGGCAGAAAUAGUGGCACACUUUCAAGAGGUGGAGUCUGGUGGCACUGAAACUUGUUGUAUGCAGUGUACACCUCCGAUGCCGCUGUGGAACUCAUGUAGUGCUGCGGCUCACCGGCGGUUACAUCAGAAGCUCCCUCCGCUGGUUUGUCCUGAAUGUGGUGUCACCUGUCAGUCUCACAACCUCAACACUCAUCUGAAUCAAACCUGCCUCCACUACUCACGGCGCCUUGGAUAUAGAUGUGCUUGUUGUCAUUUGGUGUUUGGUGGAGUGAAUAGUUUGAAUGCUGUAAAGACUCACAUGCAGACGGCUCACUGUGAGGUCUUCCAUAAAUGCCCCUCCUGCCCCAUGGCUUUUAAAUCUUCCUCUAGUGCUGAAGCCCACUGCGCCUCCCAGCAUCCUGAACUCCCUGAGACAGCAAGGCAGUCCAAGGAGAUCUAUAAAUGUGUGAUGUGUCGGACUGUUUUUACUCAAAAAGCAUUGCUCAGUGUCCAUAUUGACACUCACUUAGCCAAGCAGAAGAUGCACGUCUUUAAAUGUCCCGACUGUAACAAGCUGUUCACGCAGAGAGGUUCCCUUCUUGAGCAUUUUAAGGACUCCCAUAGGGACUCUAGAAUUUAUGAUACAUCAACACAGAACAACUUGGUAAAAAUGGAUAGCUCUGAUGGGGAGGAGUGGGGACGGGAUGAAGACGAGGACAGAGGAAGAAUGGCGAAAGAAGAUGGGAACUCUGCUACCCCGAGUUGGAGCUGCUCACAAUGUCAGACACACUACACAGACAAAGAGAACUACAUCACCCACAUGUCUGAGCAGCAUGGCAAGGAACUGAAGAAAUUUCCAUGCACUCUUUGUGAAGGGUCCUUCUCUUCAUCCUCAAGUUUAAGACGCCACAUUCGUGUAAAGCACAAAGGCAUCAAAAGAGCGUUUUAUUGCCAACUCUGUACAGGUGGGAAGAGGAGUUUCAGCAGUAAGCUGAUUCUUGAGAAACAUAUUCAGGCUCAGCAUGGAGGAAACAGAGGAGCAGCCACACAGAGUCAGGCAGUUCCUCGCAUCACAGAUGCAGCUGACAGCUCGUCUGAGCAUGAUGGUGGUCCUGGCACUUUGGGCGGGGCCUCAGUUGAAAGCCAAUUGGCCGAGAGCAGCCUGAUCAGGCCUGGCAGAGGAGCUGCAGCUGAGGAGCAAGAAGCUGCAGGAUUCCGCUGCAUGCCGUGUGGUUUUACCACAGAGCACAGAGAAGAGUUUCUCCAGCAUAUUGUUGGUCACCGUGACGGGGGCAGCAGCUUUCAGUGUCAGCAGUGUGGAGCGUGUUUUGCAUCCUCCUCCUCUCUCAGCAGGCAUCUCUUCAUCAGCCAUCGUGUGCGUGAUUCCCCCUCUGAGCAUGCCGAGGGUUCUCCUAUCACUGGUUCAAAUUCUGUGACCUCUGACUCCGCAGUUGCAGCAGGGUCCCCAGGGUCACCCUCAAGUGUAGGGGGGACACAGGCGGAGGAUGGGGAAGGUAAGCACACCUGUAAGGUGUGUGGACGUUACUUUAGCAAACCUGCUGAUCUUAAUACACACUUCAGAACUCACGGCAUGGCCUUCAUCACCGCAUACAAAACAGACAAACCAGCGUAGAGAGACAGGAAAGGGUGAAACUCGUGAUACCUGUCAAGAACAUGUCACCCCAAAUUCAACACCAAAAAAUAAGAAAUUAUGUUUUCCUUAAAGAAAAUGAAGUAUAAUUUAAGAUUUUUUUUGUGAUAUUUAUUUUACUUUGUGACUUUUCGAUUUUAAUUAAGCACACCAAUUUUCAUUACUGUAAUGCUUAAAAUGUAAUUUUCAUUACUGUAAUUUAAAUUUAUUUAUCUAAUUUAUAGCCCUUUAUGCUGAUUUAAAUUUUUUAAAAAAACUACAGCAUCACAGAUAACAAAUGAACAAAUACCAAACCAAUAACAUACAAUAAUAAAUUACGGUAUUACAUUAAUGAAUAUCUAAUUACAGAAAAUCUCGAAAAUGUUAAGAUUAAGAUAAAGACCGUUUUGGUGAGAAUUUACUUAAUUGUAAUAUUCUUGUAGAUUUAAAUUUCUUAAUGCAAAAUAUAAUUUCUUAUAUGUAUUUUUGGGGUGAUUUUGUAAGAUUCAGCAUAAAGUGUGUAUGCAAUUGAAAGUCUGUGAAUUAUAAACAUUUGGGUUUGUCACAGGCUUUUAACACUCCACAUUCUCACCUAAAAACUAGAGAAAUACACUGCAUCAGGGCAAUACAUGUUUGUAAUAACAUGUAGUAACUCUGCUACACAAGUUUCGUAAAAACACAGUAGAGGGGACAAGUAAUACUAUAGAGGAAUGAUUAGGUUUGAUCAACCUAAAAAGUGAUUGCUACUAGCUCUUAAUUGAUCUGAGAGGUUGAGAGACACUGCACUGAGCAUCAUAUUCAGUGUCAUACACACGUUUACCAGCCCUGCUAAAUUCCUGUGCCUACUGAUUCCAUUGUGCAACAGUCCGUUCUCUUUAAUGCAAAAUGCAGCUGCUUAUAGAUAAAAAAUUACUAACAGUUUAGCACAGCCAAAUGCUCCCGAAUCAGGUGACUCCUUUGUGCUUGAAUUAUUUUUAUGUUUAAUGUUUGUAUUUCUUCUAUUUGUGUUUCCACAGAGGCAUUAAAAUCAGGAAACUUGCUGAAUAGUUGCUGAUCUUUAGAAUGAGAACAAAAAAAAGUGCCUUCUUCAUUUAGUCUAAGAUUACUGUUAAAGGCUGCAGAUGAUUUGAAAGAGUUGAGGUUUUUUUUUUUUUGUGCUGGAAUUAUGUUUUAUUGGUGCCUUACAUAUCUUGUCUACUGGUUUUCUUUUUUUUUUUUUUUAAAGAUGAUUAAUAUAGAUUUGUUUUACUGUAACCUCCUGAAUUUUUCUGGCUGUUUCAUAUGGAUUGUGUUGAAAUAAAUAAUAAACUUUAAUGGCUAAA